AAAGCCAUUUCGAAGUCUCCAUUCUACAUUGAGAAAGAGAGAGAACACAGACGAAAACAAGAAGAAAGUUUCAACCGUCCUCUCUCUUUCUUUCAAGAAACUACAUACUUCGAAAACAUGGCUCGUUCUUUCUCCAACGUUAAGAUCGUAUCUACUUUCGUCUCUCAAGAACUCUCCAAUGCAAUCUUCCGACGCGGUUAUGCGGCCACAGCGGUGCAAGCGAGCGUUGGGAAAGGUGGAGCCGUUGUUUCAGCGGUGAUGAAGAAAAAGAGAGUGGAAGAAUCGACCCAAAAGAUAGCUUGGAUCCCGGAUCCCAAAACCGGUUAUUACAGACCGGAAACCGGUUCCAAAGAGAUUGACCCAGCCGAGCUACGAGCAACUCUCUUGAACAACAAGCAGUGAUGAAUUAACUGAAAGGAAGCUCUUUUCUGUUAAUUAUUUGUUGUUAAUUUUAAUGUCUUGGGGUAAAAAAAAAGGGUAAUGAUCCUGUGCGGUGAACCCUAUUUACAUCUGUUACGUGCGAUUCUGCAACAAAUAACAUAGAGAAGUCUUUUGGUUCCUCUACUUCGUAACAAAAGGGUCGAUGAAUGUAUCAUGUAUGAAGUUAUUCUAUAAUAUUGUGUUUUACUUAUUUGCUAGCAAAUUUGCUACUUUUUCAUCUAGCUUAAAAUAACUAACAUUGAU